CUCCGGCUGGUGCAAUUUCUUGUAACACGUUGAAAGUCGUUUGAUCGGUGAAUAAUACAUAUGAUACAGAUAAAUAGAGUAUAUAAUUAUAUUAACUGUGUUGCGACUAUUUGUGAAAAUCGAGUUCUGUUAAAGAUCCAAACGAAUAUAAGUACAAUAAUUUAAACCGUACAAGUUAAUUAUGUCAAAACGAACUCAACCGGAAUGGCUGCCCCCAGCAACUACAGACCGUCCAAAAUUGCGGCUGUACAAUAGCUUAACAAGGCAAAAAGAGGAAUUCAUCCCACUGGAUGGUAAUAAUGUGACCUGGUAUAGUUGCGGUCCAACAGUAUACGAUGCAACACACAUGGGGCAUGCUAGGUCAUACAUUUCAUUCGAUAUUUUACGACGAAUACUUUCGGACUAUUUUGGUUACAAUAUUUUUUAUGUGAUGAACAUAACUGAUAUUGAUGAUAAGAUCAUUAAACGUGCAAGACAAAACUAUCUCUAUGAAAGAUAUGUGAAAGUAGCCACCACGAUAUCUUUGGACGUAUUAUUAGCCGAUCAAAAAGAGGUAUUGGACAAUUUCAAUGUAAUCUGUAGAGAAGCGACAGACCCUAAUAAAAAACUUAUGUUUGAACGAAUGUUAAUAAAAAUGAAUGAUGCAAUGGAAACGCUUAUUAUGGCUGUAGCCAGUAACGAUCCAGAAAAGAUAGAUGAAGCGCGCGUCUUAUAUUUGACCGAAGCAAAAGAUCCCAUAUCCGAUUGGCUGGAUCGCAAGGAAGGCUCUACUGUUACGGAUAAUGCUAUCUUCGAAACUUUGCCACGAUACUGGGAGAAUGAAUAUCACAAAGAUAUGGCAGCGUUAAAUAUAUUACCGCCAGACGUACUUACCCGUGUAUCCGAAUACGUACCACAGAUUGUCAAAUUUAUUCAAAAAAUUUUCGAUAACGGACUUGCUUAUAAUGCAAACAGUUCGGUUUACUUUGAUGUGAAUGCCUUUGAUAAACGCGAAAAACAUCACUAUGCCAAACUUGUGCCCGAAGCAUAUGGUGAUACGAAGUCAUUGCAAGAAGGUGAAGGAGACUUGUCGCUCACAGCGGAGCGUCUCUCUGAAAAACGUUCACCCAACGAUUUUGCACUUUGGAAGGCAAGUAAAGCAGGUGAACCUUCGUGGGACAGUCCUUGGGGAAGAGGUCGUCCAGGUUGGCACAUAGAAUGUUCCGCCAUGGCUUCGGACGUAUUUGGUUCAAUGUUUGAUAUACACACCGGCGGUGUCGAUUUAAAAUUUCCACAUCAUGACAAUGAAUUAGCUCAAUCCGAAGCCGCUUUUGAUCAAUCCGAAUGGGUAAAAUACUUUCUGCAUACUGGUCAUUUAACCAUUUCGGGUUGUAAAAUGUCGAAAUCAUUAAAAAAUUUCAUUUCGAUAAAAGAAGCAUUAAAUAAAAAUACUGCAUGUCAGAUGCGAUUAGCAUUUUUAUUACAUUCGUGGAAAGAUACGCUCGAUUACUCAAGUAACACAAUGGAGAUGGCAUGCCAAUAUGAACGAUUCAUGAAUGAAUUCUUUUUAAAUGUAAAAGAUUUAACUCGGCAUAUAGAUAAUGGUUCCCCAAGUGCACAAUUUGGCGUAUGGACAACUGCGGAAGCUUCCUUGCAAGACAAAUUAAAGACAACGCGCGAUGCAGUACAUGCUGCAUUAUGCGACAACGUUGAUACGCGCAGCACUCUAGAUGCGUUGCGUGAUUUGGUCUCCGUUUCCAAUGUCUACAUACGUGAUAAUAAAGAUCACGUGAACUGCCUUUUACUGCGUCGGAUUGCUGCAUAUAUUACGGAUAUUCUGCACAUAUUCGGUGCUAUUGAUGGACCACGUGGUGGUAUUGGUUUCCCCGUGAGCGGAGGUAUUAAUAGUAAUGUGGACAUUGAAAAAACUUUACUACCAUAUGUGGAUGCAAUAGCCGAAUUCCGGAAUAACGUGCGUGAAGAAGCGAAGACUAUAAAAGCAAAUGCUAUCUUACAAUUGUGCGAUAAAUUACGUGAUGAUGUACUGCCCAAUUUGGGUGUGCGGCUAGAGGAUAAGGAAAACGGCAAAUAUGCCGUUAAGUUGGUGGAUCGGGAAGUAUUAUUGAGGGAGCGUGAAGCGAAAAGAAUUGCCGAUGCAGAGCGUCUAGCUGAAAAACAACGAAAACAGGAAGCUGCUGCCCAACUGUUGGCCGCUAAAGAAGCGCAGAAACGUAUUAACCCACAAGAGAUGUUCCUUAAUGAAAAAGAGAAAUAUUCUAAAUUUGAUGAAAAUGGUUUACCAACACAUGACGCUGACGGUAAGGAGUUAAGCAAAGGUGUGUUAAAAAAGCUGACUAAACUGCAACAACAACAAGAAGUGCGUUACAAGGAAUAUUUGGCUACAACAGCUAACGGCAAUAAAUAAAAAUUUAUUAUUCUGUUCCGUCUACUCAUUUGCCACAAAAAAUUAAAUAUUUUAUAUAAAAUUAAAAAUGCUUUCAAUUUUUCAAAGCACAAACACA